AGUCAUUUCAUUUCAUGUUAUAAUGUUGCCAUGUGUAUAUAUUAAUUUAUAGGUUAGACAUAUGACGUAGAUACAGAUGACAGAUACCAAGUAACAGAUGUAAGAUAUUGAAACACAAUCGGCUGAGUAAUAACUGAAACAAUGAUGAAAUGCUAUUUUUUCCCAGAUCGCUGUGACUUCAAACUGCGAAUAAUACACAGAAAUGGAUUUUAAUAGGCCAAUGUGCAUAAAAACUGUUAGAAAUGAGGAUACCUCAAUACAAGUACUGCCUAAUGAAAUUUUGGCGACAAUAUUCAGAUUUCUACAACCUAUUGAUGACAUAUUACCAGGUCUGGCACUAGUAUGUCGGAAGUGGCACGAUGUUCUAUAUUACUACGGAUCCCUGUGGAAGACCAUUAUCAUAGAUCCGACCUUCUAUAAAGCGUUGCAUUUCAAACUGGUUCUUUGCUUGUUUCGUCUCUAUGGACAUCAUGUACAAACGCUAAUCUGGCGGGAAAGUACGUCUGUAUAUGAAUCUAUAUUUUCACGCAUCCCUCUUUUGAAAAACUUGAAAGUGUUAAGGAUUCCAGUUUUGUGGACUAAAAGAGUUAUAGAUACAUGUUGUGUGUUCGUACAUUUGGUAAAAGUUCAAAUAAAUGGAGGUUAUUCGCUCACAGACGAACAACUUAUUGAAAUCGCAAGAUGCCUGCCUGGUUUGAAGACAAUAACAUUAAAUGCAUGCUGGAACAUUACUAUUGAAGGUAUCAACGCAAUCAUACCUCUGCUAAGUUCUUUAAAUGAUGUGCGUAUCAAAAUCAAUUCUAACCUUCGACUGGAACACGGACGGAGCGAGACUGCGAUUAGAGAAGGGUUUCGUAUAUUCAAAGGUUUAAAGUUUGAACCUCUCUGUAACCUUGUUAGUGUGUUGUGCGUCCAUUUUGUUUCCAUGGAAAUGGAAGAUUUGUGGGAUAUAGUGAACAGAAUGACCAUUCUACGUAAACUAAGCAUCAGUAACUGCGAGCAGUUACAUGGUGUAAGACUGACAUCUGCUAGUUUGCAGAAGUUUUACAUUUUCAACGUCUGGAGCACAUCUUUUAUCAGCAUAUACGCGCAAAGGCUACGCCACGUGACAAUUGAUCAUGGAAUGGAAUCCCUGGAACAUGUUGAACUAUUUGCAAAGAAUCUUCGACGCGCAUGCGUGAAUGGAUCAAAUAGCCUCCACACCCUUAAAAUCAAAAGUGAAAGACUUUCGGUGCUAGAAAUAUCACACUGUGAAAGUAUUGAUAUGAAGUCGUUAAAAGAAACUCUCCGGGCAAAUCCAAAAAUAAAGUGCCUAAGAAUUGGAUGCAUUUCUGAGGAUAGUCUUACCUUCGAUGAGUUUAUGAUUCCAAGCGUAGAGGAGCUUUGUUUGCUCGGUGACUUUGACUGUGAAACUCUACAUGUGCGUAGUCCAUCAAUACGAUUUCUACAUACAGAAGCAGAGGAUGACAUAAUCACACUAAAUCAUAUGUACGUCACGGCAAACCAUCUGUGUAAGGUGGUUAUGGUAGGUUUGCCUACACUUAGGACCGUUACAAUUCAGUGUGUAAGUGUAGAUUGCAUAGAAAUGAAUUUAUGCAGUGAUGACCAGUUAAAUCUACAAUCUUGUGUUAUACAUGCACUAAAUGCUAUAGGUUUUCUUCGACUCUUCGAUUGCAAAUUUAGUUUGUUGUCCGUCUGUACACAGCUUGCAAAGACUGUUGUACUUUACCGUUGUGAAAUGACAGAUUAUGUUUUGCAAAUGGCCUUAUCCGGAUGUCCAAAUGUAGCGCAUUUAAAUCUUGAGAAAUGUCGAGAAAUUAGUCAUGUAAAUAUUUCAACUAAGCCAUUGAAAUUUCUGAAUUUGUUUGACUGCACAACCAUUAAGAGACUUAACUUAAAUUGCCCAGAGUUGACAGCGAUUAAUCUAGGUCACUGUCCAAAUGUACGACUGUUCAUUAGAGGCACAGAGCAAAGUUUAGACACACUGAAGUUCCCAUUUCAAGUUGUCUUACCAUCCGACCAUAUUCGCUGGAGUCACGAUUUUCCCCCCGUAGAAUACAUGUGUUGAUGGCAAAUAUGUCGUACAUUUAUGCUGAUGCAACAUUCGAACAAACUUGUAGAACUGUGGAAAAGAGUUUAACUGUUUUCGUAGCAAAACGAUACAUUAAAUUAUACAUGUCAUAACUCUAAGCUUUCUCGUUACAUCCGAUAUGACAAAUAAAGAAUCUGAUAUUGCUUCACGAAAAUUGUUAGUGAAUGACCAAUAACAAUUAACCUUUAAAACUUCUCAAGUAUUUAUUUGAAAUAUGCACCGAAGAAAAUGAAAUGCUAAUAGAUAUGACAUAUCCAACCUGUAAAACUGUACACAGACCAUUUAAUAUUAUCAAUAUUCAAUGUCAAGACAGACAUACGUAUACUUAAUAGCCUUUCAUUAGAAAGAAGUAAUGAGAAACACGUUGUUUACAGAACUGUAUAAAUCAUAAGUAAACUAUUAUUUGUGAAAAAGGUACAAAGUAAUUAUUAUUUUUCUUUCCGUUUAUGCAUUUUCCUGCUCUGAAAUGUGAUUUAUUUAUAUGGUAAUCAUUUGUUUAUGACGUUUAAUCAACUUGAAGAAGCAAAUUCAUUCAGAUAUAUAUCGGAUAUGUUGAAAUGUCUGCUCAAGUAAUGUAUCAAACUAGUAUGAAUGAAAAAUAUGCGUGGGAUUGUACAAUCCCAUUUGCAACAGCUGCUGUCACAGUGACGUAGCAAUAUUGUAUUUAGGUUUAAUGCCAUAUUUGCCAUAUGACUCGCGUGAAUGAAAUGUUAGGCAGUGUGGUAUACAAGUCUACAAUCUUUUCCGAUUGUCAAUUUUAAUCAGAAUACCUGUAUACAUUAUAUGAUACAGAAAAUGAACAGAGUACUGGCCAGUCCCGCCGAAUCGAAACACCUUUUCAAUGCGCAGUUGUUAUCAAAUAGCAGGCAAUGACAUUGUGUAAACAUACGACACGCACAAGCAAGUUCAUGUUAAACAAGACCCAUGUCAGACCAAAAUAAGAAGAGGAAUACCUGUAAAUACGGAUAAAUUAUUCCUCGUACUGAAUCUCCUGUCAAUAUUCUUUACCAUUGUGAGAAAUGACAACUUAAUCCUUUAAUAAAUAGUUUUGCCAUUAUUUUCCAGACAAGCAUAAUAAAAUAUGGUAAAGGGAACUCAUUUAAUGUCUUGGCAAUGUAGAGUAAUGGUUCCUGGACAAGGCACUUCUUAAAGAAGACCAUUCAAAGUACAUGUAUAAGCAUGGUAGAGUUUUGGUUAGUGUAUACUUCACUCCCCGGACAUGUACGAAUCUUCACCAGCAUGCCUUGAACAGUCCCUGAUAAUAAGAUGUCUAUUCACGGACAAACAGACGGAAUUAUUUGUAAAAGAAACUACCCCAUUAAUAAUAUUAUGCUUUGCGAUUAAUUGAAAACCUGUCAAGAUUUUUUGAAAAUUUAAAGUUCCCAUUGCCACGUUCGGGAGUUCUUUAAAAUGAUGUAAGAGAUAAUUUUGUUCUGCUUAAUUCAAUUUUCAGAUCGAUACGUACGUUAUAUCCAAAUAUGAUAGUAUUGCCUUUUUAAAUAUUGCACUUUAAUUCAUUCAAAGUCCGAAUGUACGUUUUGGAACACAUACAGGCGGAGGAAUUUGAGUUUACAAUAUUUAAGUAUAUUAACAAGUAUGUUACUGG